AGGGUAGCUUAGUUUUAUUUUUAAAGAAGUUAACUUUUUGUGAAGCCUUGGAACUAACUGGAACUAACUGGAAAAGAAAGCAUUUUGUAAUGCGUGCUGGCAAAGUAUCUCUACGUUGCUAAGACUCUGGAUACUGGUUUCUUUUUAUCGAGAAAGAGAUAAAUUCCUCUCAAACUCAGAAUGGGAAAGGAUUAUUAUUCUAUUCUGGGAAUUGAAAAAGGGGCUUCUGAAGAGGAUAUCAAAAAAGCUUACAGAAAACAAGCUCUUAAAUGGCAUCCGGAUAAGAACAAAUCUCCUCACGCAGAGGAAAAAUUCAAAGAGGUUGCAGAAGCUUACGAAGUGCUGAGUGAUCCCAAGAAGAGGGACAUUUAUGAUCAGUUUGGGGAGGAAGGUCUAAAAGGAGGAGCUGGAGGACCUGAUGGGCAGGGUGGUACCUUUCGAUAUUCAUUCCAUGGUGACCCACAUGCUACAUUUGCAGCUUUCUUUGGUGGCUCAAAUCCUUUUGAGAUCUUCUUUGGAAGGAGGAUGCCUGGUGGCAGAGACACUGAAGACAUGGAAGUGGAUGGGGAUCCCUUUGGAUCCUUCACUAGUUUUAGCAUGAAUGGUUUUCCAAGAGAGAGGAAUACAGUUGGUAGCCAGUUACGUCGAAAACAAGAUCCCCCUGUCAUCCAUGAACUUAAAGUGUCAUUGGAAGAGAUAUACCAUGGCUGCACAAAAAGGAUGAGAAUUUCCCGUAAGAGGCUGAACCCAGAUGGUAGAAGUGUCCGAACAGAGGACAAAAUUCUCACUAUUGAGAUAAAAAGAGGAUGGAAAGAAGGCACCAAAAUUACUUUUCCAAAAGAAGGUGAUGAAACACCCAACACAAUUCCAGCUGACAUUGUUUUUGUCAUUAAAGAUAAACCUCACUCACACUUCAAGAGAGAUGGAUCAAAUAUAAUCUAUCCUGUUAAGAUCAGCUUAAGGGAGGCCUUGUGUGGCAGCUCAAUGCAUGUGCCGACAAUAGAAGGAAGAACCAUACCCAUGACAGUAAAUGAAGUUGUAAAGCCUGGGAUGAGGAGAAGAAUUAUAGGAUAUGGCUUACCAUUUCCCAAAAAUCCCGACCAACGUGGAGACUUAAUUAUAGAGUUUGAAGUAAUAUUCCCAGAUAACAUAUCUCCAGCAUCAAAAGAAGUACUUAGGCGAAACCUUCCUGUUUCAUAAAAUGAAGACUGUAUAUGUCAAAACUWUUUAAACAGGACAGUGAAGAUGCAGAAGACUGGCAAGUCUGUGCUUUAAAAGUGCAAUCUGUAACAACUAGUGGAAUAUUUGUUUUUUUGUUUUGUGGGAUGGGUUGGGGGGAUUACUGUAAUGCUGCAUGAGAAGAGGGUUAAGUACAAGUCACACGACUUGCAAUAAAAUUUACAGGGAAAACCACUCUUAUUUUAGAUCUUCCUAAUCAGAAAAGUUUAUUCAGUAUUUUGCUUAAUGUAAAAUGUAAGCAGUUUUUACAAAGUCAGUGCAUAUAUUUCUGAUAAAGUGCUUGAGCCUCUAAGUAAUUUAUUUCUUGUAGCCCUACAAUAUCCAUGACAUUACACAUUUAUGCAGCAAUUGGACUUCAUAGAGGAAAUAUACAGAUAAUAUGCACAAAGAUUUAACGGAGAAGAUGUUACAGAUACCGUUUUUGUACCUUGCACAAAGCAUAGGCUGGGAAAAUCAGUUUGGUUUCAUGAAAAUGGAAAUAUCUUUCUUGUCCCAGAAAGAUGGGACUGCAGCGCAGGUUUAGCAGAGGGCAAGUGGCUCGAGGAGAAGGAGUAGCGAGGUGGCCGUUUGCUGGGGCCCCAAUUGACAAUUUUCACUGCACUGUAUUAAAGAGCACAUUCUGCAAAUGAAGUUCAGCCUCACCUGGCUGCAGCUGAUGUAAUAGCUUGGAGUCUGUCUGUACUUGAGCAGAGAGAGAAGCAGUGAGCGCUUUAAAAGCAUUUAGUUAGCGCAGGUAGGUAGAGAACAAGCGGAUCUCAAAUACUCCCUGUUUUCAGUGGCCAAGCGUUCUGCCCCUCCUAUGAGGAGGGAGUAGCACAAUCCUAGCUAAAGGAAGGUUUACCCAAGAAAAAGUGGGAUUGGGAUGGGGGUGCCUGUAAACUUUCAUGCGCUUUUAGAUCAAGUCUUGGAAUGGAAGGUUUUGAGGAGUUAGCAGGAAUUACUCAUUCUUGGAGGGAAAAUGUGCUUUGGGAAGUGGAGAGCCCUCUAUAGUCUAGUUUUAUAACAUAGUAAUAGGGCUGGUUCCCUUGAUUGCAGCGUGGUUUUGGUGAAAGAAAUGCCUUGCAGAUACUUUCAUUACUUGUGGUUUAAAACUGUACUACAGUGCUUUAACAUUUCUAAAUAUUUUUUUCUUUAUAAGAAGAAUAUAUGUAAGGUUUGCUAUUAUUCUUUUGCCUGUGGAAAUGUAUUAGUUGCCUGUUCUUUUGGCUUGUAAGAUAACGCUGUUAUCUUUAUAUAAAUAACUUCCUGUAGGAAAGUAAAUAAUAUGGUAAUUGGGAUUUAAUUUACAGUAACUUAUUAAUAAGCACAAGAAGAAUCCCAUUUCAGUUGCUCAAAGGAGUAGAAGAUAGUUUGAGUCGAUUUUUCAACUGCAGGUCUUUUCAUACAGUGUCAACCCCAUAGUAGUCCUAGACUUACAAGGAUCUGAAAAGUUACUGGAGUAGUAUCACAAAGGGAAAAAAUCUGCUGCUUAGUGCUAAUGUGUAUUGUUAACACUAUAUAUUGUUUGUGUUUAAAAAUUAUCAUUUCAAUAUGUUCUGUAUUGCAUUU